AUGAGUGACGAGAGUCAUAUUAAUAUUCCUGUUAAAAAAGAAACAAUUAAUUCUUCAUCAAAUGAAGAUAAUUAUUCAUUAGAUAAUUCAUCUUCUUCUUCUCAACAAGAUACAUGUUUAACAACAGAUAAUGAUUUUGGUGAUCAAUCGAAUCAAUUUGAAAAUCAUUCCGAAAAUAUGCAAACAUCAAAUUAUUCUUCAAAAGAAAAUGAAUCUAUUGAAGACACACAAUCAAAUAUUGGACAAGAGUCAUUUGAUCAAAAUCAAAACCCUUAUCAACAUUUUAAUAUUGCAAAUAAUCAAGAUCAUACGAAUUUCUCUGCAGUCGAGCAACUUGUAUCAAAUAUUCGUCAUCAACCAGAUCAUUUUAGACCACAACGUCAACUUGAUGAAGAUGAUAUUCCUCCACCUGGCAUAGAACGUACUGAAAUACCAAUUAAUCAUCAUCAUGAUGAAUCUUCAACUGUAUUAGAAACAAGCCCAACUGAUAAUCAUAUUUUAACAGAAGUUGAAACAUCACAUGAACAUCAUCUUAUUCAAACCGAAACAUCACUUGAUCAAACAAAUAAUUCUUCAAUCGAAUCUGAAUCAAGUUCAAAUGAUAAUCUUCCUUUAAAUGAAUCUGGAAAAGCAGAUGAAAAUAAUCUUCCUUUAGCUGAAUCAAUACACGAUGAAACAAACAAUUCAUCAAUUGAAUCACAAUCAAAUUCAACUGAUAAUAGUAGAUUAAAUGAAUCGAAAGAAUCAGAUGAAGAUAAUCAAAAAAUAAAUAUUAUUCCGGCAGAAUUACUAAUUGAUCAAGUAAACAAUUCUUCUAUAGAAUUAGAAUCAAAUAUAAUCGAUAAUCAUACUCGAACAGAAGUCGAAACAUCAAAUGAAUCUAAUCACAAAACCGAAUCUUAUCCAAUUGAUUUGACAAAUGAUGAAAUAUCAACAAACGUCGAAACAAACAUAAACGAAAUACCUUCAGUUGAAUCAGCUAUUUAUCAAACGAAUUAUUCUUCAAAUAAAUCCGAAUCAAAUUUAUCUGAUAAUCUUGAUGUUAAUGAAUCUGAAAAAAUCAAUGAAAAUAAUAUUCCUCAAGUUGAAUCAACAUUUGAUCAAACAAAUAAUUCUUCAAUUAUAUCUGAAUCAAAUUCAACAGAUAAUGAUAGUCCAUCAAUAAAAUCCGAACAAGGGAAUGAAGAUUAUCAUAAGAAUUAUACUCAUUUAGUUGAAUCAACAACACUUGAUCAAACAAACAAAAAUGCAAUAGAACCUGAAUUAAAUUUAUCUGGUAAUCUUAAUCUAAAUGAACCUGAAAAAAUCCAUGAAAAUGAUAUUCCUCAAGUUGAAUCAACAUUUGAUCAAACAACUAAUUCUUCAAGUAAAUCUGAAUCAAGUUCAACAGAUGAUGAUAGUCCAUCAAUAGAAUCCGAACAAGGAAAUGAAGAUUAUCAUGAGAAUGAUACUCGUUUAGUUGAAUCAACAACACUUGAUCAAACAAGCAAAAACGCAAUAGAACCUGAAUUAAAUUUAUCUGGUAAUCUUGAUUUAAAUGAAUCUGAAAAGAUCCAUGAAAAUGAUAUUCCUCAAGUUGAAUCGACAGUUAAUCAAAUAAAUAAUUCUUCAUUAGAAUCUGAAUUAAAUUCAACUAAUAAUUAUUCUUUAAAUAAACAUGAAAAAGUAGAUGAAAAUGAUAUUGAUCAACUUGAAUCAAUACACAAUCAAACGAACAAAUCUUCAACAGAAGCUAAAUUAAAUUCAAUGGAUAAUUAUAAUGUAACUGAAUUUGAAAAAGUAAAUGAAGAUUAUGAUAAAAUUGAUAUUCAUCCAGUUGAAUCAAAACUAGAUGAAAAAACAAAUCCAUCAAACGAAUUCGAAUUAAAUUCAACUGAUAAUUAUUCUUUAAAUCAAUUUGAAAAACCAACUGAAGAUGAUUAUAAAAAAGAAGAAACAGAUAUUCCAUUAAAAUCAUUUUUAUUACCUGAUGUUGUCAGUGAAACAUUAGAAGAAAAAUCUGAUGAUUUAAUUGGUGAAAGAAUUCAAUUAGAAAAUGUAUUAAAUGAAGAUAAUAACAUUAACAAUGAUAAUCAGAUUUUGGAUAAUAUUCUUACAAAUUUAAUUGAAAGAUCAACAGAUAUUGAAGAAAAACUUGAUGAAAAAUCAAAUAAUUUAAAUAAACAACAACAACAAGAAGAAGAUGAAUCAUUAUUAUCAAAUAGUAAAUUAAUUUCAUCAGAAUUUGAAGAUAUUCUUGGAAAUAAAACUUUACUUAAAAAAACAACAAUUAAAGGUGAAUUAAAUAGUCGUCCAACACGUAGUACAUUGGCAACUGUUUCAUAUAAAUUAUCAUUAGUUGAUAAUUUAACUUCAAAUAUUCGUUUAAUUGAAAAUGUAUCAAAUGAAAGAUUUUUUAUUAGUGAAUGUGAUAUAAUAUCAGCUAUUGAUAUAUCUGUUCAAACAAUGGAUCGUGGUGAAUGUGCUUUAAUUGAUAGUGAUACUCGACAUUGUUAUGGUGAUAUUGGUUGUUUAGAUAAAGAAAUUCCACCUAAUUCUUCAAAUAAUUCAUAUAGAAUGAUAAUUGAAUUAGAAUUACAUGAUUGGCAAAGUCCAUCGGAUGUUCAAAAAUUAUCAAUUAAUGAAAGACUUUAUUGGGGAGAUAAAAAACGACAAAUGGGAAAUUUUCAUUAUCGUCGUCAAGAUUAUUUAACAUCUCUUCAAUGUUAUAAUGGUGCUAUUAGAUUUUUAGAUACAGAUAUGAAUCCAAUAUUAAUUUCAUUUAAUGAAAAUCAAAAAUCUUUAUUAAAUGAUGCUUUUAUUCAAGUAGAAAAUAAUGUUGCUCAAGUUAAUUUACUUUUAAAAAAAUAUGAUGCUUGUUUAAAUGCUGUUGAAAAUGUUCUUAAACAUGAUUCGAAAAAUGUUAAAGCUUUAUUUCGACAAGGAAAAGCUUUUUUUCAAUUAGGUUUAUAUGAUAAAGCUAUUCAACCAUUGAAAUUAUUUUUACAAAUUCAAAGAGAAUCUUCAAAUUCUAAUGCUGAUAAAGAAAAAGUUAAUGAAAUGAUUCUAAUUUGUGAAAAUAAAUUGGCUAAUUAUAAAAAAAAUGAAAAAGAAAUUUAUCAACGUAUGUUUAAACCAAAAACAAAUAAACCUCAAACAAAUAAUACUAAUCAGAUUGAUAAUACAAAUAACAGUUGGUGGCCAUAUAUCGCUUUAGGCAGUGCUGUCUUUGCUACUCUUGCUAUUGUCACAUUUAUAAAACAUCGGAAAACUUCGUGA